AUGAGUGUAUUUAUUAGAAAUCUUAGACCAGGCGCGGUUUAUAAUGCCCAAAUAUUGUGGCGUUUUAAUUCAACAACGGCUGAAACGCUAAAGCAAGGUGAAGAUGAAGAGGAAUUUAGAGUCCUCGAUAUUUUACAGAAGAAAGAUCGGCAGCAACGGAAAGUAGCCCGUAGAACUGAUAUUCAACCAGAUAGGGCAGACAAAAUGUCAACAGACCAGAAUUGGGGCAAUGUGUGGCCGGGUCCAAGAUCGUUUCAUCCAUCUUCAGUCCCCUUACCAAUAAGACAAGGCUAUGUACCAAAAGGUCAAGCGCCUCCUGGAAAAAAAGCAAACGCUGAAUUAAUGAAAAUACCAAAUUUCCUCCACUUAUCACCUCCAGUGAUUAAAACCCAAUGUGAGGCCAUCAAAAAGUUCUGUACAGAGUGGCCAAAAUUACUAAAUUCUGAAGAAGCUAUUGAAAAGCACUACCCAGUAGAAGUUAUAACAUCUGAUUAUUGCCAUGCAAGCCCUACAAUAAGAAAUCCUUUAGCUCGUAUAGUGACAUUAAGGGUCAAAUUAUCAGACUUAAAGCUCGAUAAACGUUCAAAAGACAAAUUCUUAAGAUUAGUCGGAGACAGAUAUGAUGAGAAAACAGAUUUGGUAACAUUUACUGCCGAUAGAUGUCCGGUGAGGAAACAGAAUUUGGAUUAUGUUAAUUAUUUACUAACGGCUUGCUAUCAUGAAUCCUGGGCAGUUGAAGAUUGGGAGCAAGAUAAGAUUCUUGAAGAUAUGGAAUAUUAUGACUUUGAUAUGCAUCCAUCAAAGAAAAAUCUGGUGAACUGGUACUUGAAGAGCCAAAAUCAAGAAAAUAAUUUGACUGACGAUGAAAUUGUCAAAUAUGAUGCCUCAUCUAUACCUAAUGGAGAAGAAUAUAAAGAAGCUGUCUCAAAAUUAUUUAAUGAUGGAGAAAAUGAAGAAACAGUGAAGAAUUAUGAUAUUGCCGUGAGAAAGUUGUUAGGGUUACCAGAAAAGAAAGUUGUAACA